AUGGCAAUUGAGCUUGGUCUAUCAAGAAUUAGCAAGCUAUUGGCUUAUUUUGGAAAUCCUCAAAACAGAUUCAACGUUUUGCACGUUGCUGGGACCAACGGGAAAGGUUCGGUAUGUUCUAUUCUACAAUCUGUCCUGCAAACGAACUCCGUGUAUCAGGUUGGAAAAUUCACGUCGCCUCACCUAAUUCACAUUACAGACUGCAUUAGUAUCAAUGGAAGACCAAUUACCACAAACGACUUUCAUGGCAUCAAAGAGCAAAUCCGGGAAGCUAAUGAACACUAUCAAUUCGGCUGCACUGAGUUUGAACUUCUUACCUGCACAGCUUUCCGAUAUUUCCAGCUCAAAGAGUGUAACUGGUGUGUCCUAGAGGUUGGUUUGGGGGGACGUUUGGAUGCGACAAAUAGCUGCUCAGGUCCCGGCAAGAUCUGCGGGAUCACCAAAGUUGGGAUGGAUCACCAGAAUUUGUUAGGAGAUACUUUAGGGAAGAUCAGUUUUGAAAAGGCAGGGAUAAUUGUUCCUGGGGUAGAAUUCGUGGCAGUAGAUGGCACCAAUGAUACAAAAGUGCUCGAUGUUAUCAGGCAGCAAAUAGCUUUGGUCGGAGCUUCAUCGGCCUUUUCGGACCCUCAGCUGGCAAACGAUGCAAUAAAGACUUUUUCCUGGGGCUCUAUAGAUAGAAAGAUGGUUCCAUUGAACGGCGACUAUCAAGCAUCUAACCUGGCCGUUGCCCUCUCGAUGUUGGAUUACCUUCAACGAAAAUGCAAGAUCUCAAUCUCAAAAGACCAAUUGAAACAUGGUUUGAAAAAUGUACGCUGGCCAGGUCGACUACAAGAUGCAGUAUAUUCCACAGCCAUAGGGCACAAACAACUUAAACUUCUGAUAGAUGGGGCCCAUAAUGGUGAUGCCGCGGUUGCCCUUGCUAGACACAUUGAACAAAGAAUACGCGGUGACGAAAGCCAACCCGUGACAUUUGUGAUAGCAGUAACCAAGGGCAAGACGUUAGACAGUUUGUUGGGUCCUUUGAUCAAGCGACAGGACCGUGUAGUCGUCACGGAAUUUGGGCCCGUCGAAGGAAUGCCGUGGAUCUCUGCUAUGAAGCCAUCUGAUUUAAUACCAGAAUUACGGAAAUACACAGAAAACGUCAGCGAGCAGCGCGAUGUAUGUGCCGCGCUCAACGACCUUUCCGCCGAUAGCACAAGUCCUAUAAUCGUAUGUGGGUCGCUGUACUUGUGCGGCGAGUUACUGCGGUUAGAUAAUGUGACUUAA